AACAAAUUAACCUUUAGGAUAAUUAUACUGCUGCAUGUCCCUUGGCUUUUAAUUAAGUUUUUCUCAAUUUAAGUGGUGAUAGUUACGAUCGACACCCCAUUGAAAGGCACAAAAAGGAUCCUAGAUACAGCUUCUAUGUUCUAUUAAUAUCCUCUGCUCUUACUCUUGAUUUAUUUUUUACUUCUUUCAUUACACUCACCGCCUCAUUUACCGACCCUCUCAAAUAACCGAAGGAUCAUCAUAACAUAAUUCAAGAACCAAAUAUUCCCACACCAUUUUACUUUUUCCAUUAUUUCCUUAAUAUCAUUCAAUCUUUUUAAAAUGUAAAGAGUUUAUUUUUAUUUUGGAGGGGUGUUUAUUUGAGAAAAGGCAAUGAUCCCUGGCAGUGCUCAGUGUAGCAUUACAUUGGACAUGUCUUUGAGAUCUGCAGUAUUAACAGUUAUUUCUGAGGUUAAGUUGAGAUAGCCUGAUGUGGGAGGGGCAUUAGAGGCUGCCUUACCAUCAAAGCAGUUGGUGAAAGAAUGGCCACCAGACAUGCUCGAUCCGAGGAUGACCUUUCCUGUCCAAUUUGCGGAUAUAUUCUGAAUCAUCCAGUGGUCCUCACCUGCAGACACAGAUUCUGUAAGGCCUGUCUACAAGACAGCUGGGACACACAAGACCAAAAGGACUCCCACUACUGUCCUCUGUGCUGGCGUUGCUCUUCAAUGGAUCAAAUUGUGGUAAACACUGUGCUAGAGAAGGCCUGUGAAUCCUUCAAAGGCGACAGAAGCAGGAACGACCCAGAUACUUGUAGAGAGCAUGGAGAAAACCUGACACUCUUCUGUUUGGAGGAUUUGGAACCAAUCUGUGGUCUUUGUGGCAAAGCAGCUGCGCACAAGGGGCACAGACUCUAUCCCAUUGCAGAGGGUGCCCAUGAUUGUAAGGAGGAGCUGAAGAGCGCACUUCUGCCCUUGAAAGAGAAGCUACAGCUGUACAAGAAUGCGACAGUAGCAUGCGAGGAGAUGACUGAACAUAUAAAGAACCAAGCUAAACACACUGAAGCACAGAUCAAAAAGGAAUUUGAAGCUCUUCACAACUUCCUUAAGGAGCAGGAGGCUACUAGACUUGCAGAUUUAAAGGCUGAGGAGGAACAGAAGAAUCUAAUGAUCAGUCAGAAGAUUGAGGAGAUAAACAAUGAAGUGGCAACUCUUUCUAACAUUAUCAGAACAGCAGAACAGGAAAUGAAGAGUCAAGACAUCCCAUUCCUUAAGAAUUACAGGGAGACAAUCAGAAGAACCUGGAAAACUUCUCCUGAUCCACUGAUGUUAUCUGGAACACUAAUAGAUGUGGCAAACCACUUGGGCUCUUUGAAAUAUAAAGUGUGGGAGAAGAUGAAAAAAAUUGUUAAAUAUACUCCAGUGAUACUGGAUCCAAAUACAGCAGCAAGCUGUUUCAUCUUGUCUGAAGAUCUCACAGUUCUGCAAAACUCUACCCAGAUCUUCAAGCUCCCAGACAAUCCAGAGCGCUUUGACGUUAGUGCAGAGAUGCUUGGUGCUGAGGGCUACUCCUCUGGACGUCACAGCUGGGAUGUGGAGGUGAAUGACAACACCUACUGGGUUUUAGGAAUAGCCAGCGAGUCCAUUAACAGGAAGGGAAAACACGUGCUGACACCGGCAGAGGGAUUCUGGACUAUAAGAUAUCGUAAUGGAGAACAUAAAGCCUGCACAGCGCCCUGGGAGCCACUUAACAUGUCUAAGAAGCCAGACGUGAUAAGAAUGGUUUUGGAUAUGGACAGAGGAAAGGUGGCAUUUUAUGACCCCAGAGAGCGAACGCCUCUCUACACCUUCACAAAUAUCAUCACACCCCGAGCUUUUCCUUAUUUUUGUACUGCUUGUAAAGAGCAUCCACUGAAAAUCCUACCAGAAAAGAUAACCUUAUCAACUGAGUAAUAACUGAGCUAAAAUAAAGCACUCCAGCUAAGUUUUCAUAUUA